AUGGUGCUGCUGCUAAUGGAAGCUGUUGCAAUGGUUCCGGCAUGUGAGUGCCUGAAAGCUGUGACUGAAAGUCUGGAAGAGACUGGAGGGUGUGGGAUGUUGUGUGGGAAUGACAGGCAGGCCUCAGUGACAGAGUGGGGGGUGGGGAGGCAGAAGCCGCGGGGGCUCAAGGCUCUGGAUGCUGUGGUGGUGGUGGCGGUGGUGGUGGAUUCCCGGGCGAACGACGACAUCGAGAUCGUCGUCAACGUGGGGGGCGUGCGGCAGGUGCUGUACGGAGAUCUCCUCAGCCAGUACCCUGAGACCCGGCUGGCGGAGCUCAUCAACUGCUUGGCUGGGGGCUACGACACCAUCUUCUCCCUGUGCGACGACUACGACCCCGGAAAGCGCGAGUUCUACUUCGACAGGGACCCAGACGCGUUCAAGUGUGUCAUUGAGGUGUACUAUUUUGGGGAGGUUCACAUGAAGAAGGGCAUCUGCCCCAUCUGCUUCAAGAACGAGAUGGACUUCUGGAAGGUGGACCUCAAAUUCCUGGACGACUGCUGCAAGAGCCACCUGAGCGAGAAGCGCGAGGAGCUGGAGGAGAUCGCGCGCCGCGUGCAGCUCAUCCUGGACGACCUGGGCGUGGACACGGCCGAAGGCCGCUGGCGGCGCUGCCAGAAGUGCGUCUGGAAGUUCCUGGAGAAGCCCGAGUCUUCGUGUCCCGCGCGGGUGGUGGCCGUGCUGUCCUUCCUGCUCAUUCUCAUCUCGUCAGUGGUCAUGUGCAUGGGCACCAUCCCCGAGCUGCAGGUGCUGGACGCCGAAGGCAACCGCGUGGAGCACCCGACGCUGGAGAACGUGGAGACGGCGUGCAUCGGCUGGUUCACGCUGGAGUACCUGCUGCGCCUCUUCUCCUCGCCCAACAAGCUGCACUUCGCCCUGUCCUUCAUGAACAUCGUGGACGUGCUGGCCACUCCCUUCUACGUGAGCCUCACGCUCACACACCUGGGCGCCCGCAUGAUGGAGCUGACCAACGUGCAGCAGGCAGUGCAGGCCCUGCGGAUCAUGCGCAUCGCCCGCAUCUUCAAGCUGGCCCGCCACUCUUCUGGCCUGCAGACUCUCACAUACGCCCUCAAGCGCAGCUUCAAGGAACUGGGGCUGCUGCUCAUGUACCUGGCGGUGGGCAUCUUUGUCUUCUCCGCCCUGGGCUACACCAUGGAGCAGAGUCACCCUGAGACCCUGUUUAAGAGCAUCCCCCAGUCCUUCUGGUGGGCCAUCAUCACUAUGACCACUGUCGGCUAUGGUGACAUCUACCCCAAGACCACGCUGGGCAAGCUCAACGCGGCCAUCAGCUUCUUAUGUGGGGUCAUCGCGAUUGCUCUGCCCAUCCACCCCAUUAUCAACAACUUUGUCAGGUACUACAACAAGCAGCGAGUCCUGGAAACGGCCGCCAAGCAUGAGCUGGAGCUGAUGGAGCUUACCUCCAGCAGUGUGGGCGAGGGCAAGGCAGGGGGCUCCCGCGGUGACUUGGACAACCUCUCGCCAGAGCCCCCGGGGAAGGAAGCGCCAAGCUGGAGCAGCCGGCUGAAGAUCUCCCACAGUGACACCUUCAUCCCCCUGCUGACCGAAGAGAAGCACCAUAGGACCCGGCUCCAGAGCUGCAAAUGAUGAGGGCCGUCCCAGACACAGACGGACUGGGCCAGUGGAUGGAUGGACGGAAGGGUGCCACAGGCCUGCCAGUGACUGCCAGGGAGGGGCUGUCCUUUGUCCCCCAACCCUCUCCUGAACAGAACUCUGAAGGCCCUCUUGGGCACCUCUGAUGAGGCUGGGUAAGAUCCCUUUGUGUUGCCAGCUGUCCAGGGGCCCAGGGGGAGGGUGGGGUGCCCACGAGUCAUGGGCAGCGUGGGGUGAUGGAGACCAUGGUCUGGCUGAUGGCAGUUCUCACCUGGUUCUGUAUCUCCUUCAAUAAAGCCUCCUGCCC